GAAGACUUCUACAGUGAGUGAAGUGAAACAUAAGAUGGUUUGAUAUCAAAGUUCGAAGUUCCUGAGGUUGUGGUUUAUUACCUGCGAGGGCACAACAAGAUCAAGAUGAGCGGCAGUGCCACCACCUCCUCCUCCACCUCUUCAAGCAACGUGCGUACCGGUUGUAACACACCCGGUUGCUCGAAUCACAAGGACAACAAUAACCCAGACAAUCAUCACCCCCCGAAGCAGCUCUCCGCGAAGGAACGGCUGGCUUCCGCCAUCCUGCAGAAGGCCGCCAAGCGAGCCGGGGGGAAUAAAAGCGCCACGUUGAAAAAAAACCCGUCGAAUAAAUGUCCGUGUUGCAACGGACCGCUGGUGGAAACAACAACCACAACUUCUAGCACGACCACGACGAAUAGUACAACAACGUCGUCUUGUUCAACGACGUCGACCGGCGCAACUGCGACUGGUGGGGUAGUACUAGAUCCUG